AUGCGCGCCUUCUCAUCUCUGAGCCUGUUCAAGGCACCGCUCGGUCUUGUGGCCCUGCUACUGGUCGCCUUGGUCAUGGGACAUGGCGAUGGUGAUCUUCAACGGUACAUGGCCCUGGAAACAUGCCCGCCGCUGAAGAUUGUCAAUGGGAUCAACUUCACCACGCGGGUGUAUUGGAUGCGUCAGGCCAACCUGGCUCUGCCCAACCCGUGCCCGUUCGCGGCCUUUGGCUCAGUGAUUGUGAACCACACUACGGGCGGCUUGGGGGAGCUGGUCUGCACCGGCGCGAACAACAAUGCUGGCACCGGCAAUCCGACUCUGCAUGAUCCCCAGGGUCCAUACCGGAUGACGCCGGCCCAGGCCCUGGCCGCCUUUGCCAACCUGACCAUCUACACCAACGCCGAGAGCUGCCCCAUGUGCGCGUCGGCGGUGCGCUGGGCAGGCUUCAGGGAAUACGUCUUUGGCACGAGCAUCGAGACCCUCACGGAGGAGGGAUGGGGCCAGAUCCAAAUCACGUCCAGGGACGUCUUCCGGCAGUCUUCGGGCUUACCCCGCCGUACAAGGUUGCUUGGUCCGGUCUUGACGAACGAGACGGACCCCUUCUUCAGUUGGCAGUUUAAUGCGGGUGCGCCCUGUCCGCAGGGCUGUUCUCGGGGCGGAAGUGCAGGCGGUUGCGUUCCUGCAUAA